AUGAAGCGUUUUAUGUGUGGACCGAAAGCGGUCUUUGUGUCUAUUUUCCGCUGGCAUCAUCUUGGCGGUGGGGCAGUGGUGGCCCCUAUCGCGUCACACGACAAGCAGGUCAUGUACGAGACGACUUGUUGCAUGUCUCGUUUUGGUUUUGCAACACAGUCGCCUUUGCUCCUUCAGUCCUGGGCGCAGCGGGCAAGUCGGGUCUGGAUGUGCGUCAAGGAGGGAUGCCGUCAUGUGAAUGCCCCAAGCGCCACCGAGUGUGAGGCGUGUGGAGCCGAGAAACCCAACCUCAGGGGGUGGGUGUGCGUGGAGUGCGGGGCACGCAACCACAAGGGAGUAAAAACAUGUCAUAAAUGCACCGCAUCUGCUGAAAACAGUAACGGAUUCUGGAUGUGUGCUGCGUGCGAGAAGAAUAAUCGUGUUGAUGACCUGGACGACAACAGCCGCUGCGGAUUUUGCGGGUACGAUAUGGCUCCCAUGACAAUGACUGAAGCAGAGGCACUUCGGAUUCAACAGGAGCGGUCCCAGCGGCUCCGUGAGGAACAGGAGCGAUUUGACAGCAUUUCGGCCAGGGAGGCGGAUGAACAGUUUGGUGAUGAGGCCGCUGGUGCCUCGGCUCUGCCCAUGAGCCUGAAACAAGCGCCAUCAGCCACCUUGCGAAACUUUCCCAGCGUUCCUGAGGUGAAGCCAUUUACUCCUUCUCCCAUAGAAACAGCCCACUCACGCAUUUCCAGGAAACCAAAGCGAUCAUUGCCAACAGGCAUUCCGCCAGGACCACCCGGUUUUGAUUGGAUGUGCCGUGAGGCCAGUUGUGGCACGAUUAACGCCGGUGACGAAGAGAGUUGCACCAGUUGCGGUAAACACAUCGCACCCGCCGAGUGGGAAUGCUGCCACUGCGGAGCAAUGAAUCACUUGAGUCGAUCAAGAUGCUUCAACUGUCGUAUCAUCAUCCCCGUAUCGUGGAUGUGUUCCAGCUGUAAGGCGGCGACGAGCAUUUAUGACCACAGCUGUCGUCAGUGCGGUGAGCCGCGUCCCGUAACGGAACCAAAAGACCCUCGCGAUGUUCAAUUUUCAACGCACGCAAGGGGUUCGGCUUUUGCUGGUGGCGGCAGAAGAAACAUGCCACGCCCCCAGGACUGGAGCUGUGUUGAGUGCCACGGUAUGAACUUUGCGUCCCGAACCACUUGCUAUCAAUGCGGCGCAUCUCGAGGCACAUCUGAGGUCGACGCACCCGCUGGUGCAUCGUCUGUGUCGGCCUCACCGGACAUGGCGGUUGGCCACAACAAUUGGUUUUGCCGGCACUGUCAGGCGAGCAACUUCCGCACCCGCAGCAGUUGCUGGCAAUGUGGCCGCCCCUCGUCAGAGUCCGGCGCGACAUCCUGGUCUGAUGAUGCCUCCGCACCGCAUUUUGAGAAGGAAGGGUUCCAGCCGGAGUCUGAUGGCGCUGUUGCCGAGGGCCAAGUAAACGUAUGGGACAAGAAGUCCGACGACUGGACCUGCGGGAAGUGUUUUUCGAAGAAUUUUAAAAACCGCCAGGAAUGCCACAAAUGCGGCGCGGCAAAAACCGUGGCGGUGGCGCCACGUCGUGCCGUUGUGCGUAAGCCUGUAAAGAUUUGA